UUUUUGUCAAUAAAUAAUUUGACUAAAAUUUUUAACUUGACUUUUGACAAUUCAAACACACGCGCCUUAAGUUUGGGUACUGGUAAAAGCUAUUAGAUUUAGUCCCCAAUUUACAUCUUUGCGUUGAAGAGUUUUGAGCAAAAAUUCGACUUACGAAAUCUACAUUAUGUGGGGGAGAUUCUUCAUUGUACUAAUAUUGGCUUUAACGCCACACGCCAUAGUCAGCGUUAAACUGCGAGAUGUGGAGGUAAUCUAUCAGUGGAAACAGCUCGUCUAUGGUUUUCCCACGGAGGCCGAUCGUCUAAAGGCGAUGGCUGAUGGCACUUUAGCGCCAGAAAACGGAAUACCCACCGAUGUGGCGCCACAUCAAGAUUCGAACCAAGGAUCACGUGUCUUUACGACAAUACCCAGAUAUAUCUCCGACUCACCGUACACUUUGGCGUUGGUGAGUGACUCCAAAGAGUCGAAUGGACCAGUGCUGCAACCAUAUCCAGAUUACAGUUGGCACAACUCAGACGGCGGUGAUUGUGAUAAGAUUUCUUCUGUAUUCCGUGUGGCGAUCACAGAGUGCAAUCAGAUGUUCGUACUCGAUACGGGCAUUAUCAGCAUGGUCCAACAUUGUCCGCCACAGCUGCUUGUCUUUGAUUUGAACAACGACAGCUUGGUGCAUCGGUAUCGUUUCGAACCAGACACGUACAUAGCAGUCGCCUCACUAUUCGUUGUGCCUAUAGUUGUUGUGGACGAUCCUCCACCAAAAGGCCGCUGCCGCAAACUACGAGUUUACAUUGGUGAUGCCACGUUCCAUGGUCUGGUUAUUUAUGACUCGGAAUUGAAUACGGCUUGGCGUGCCGAGAAUAAAUUCAUGCAUCCCGAUCCCGAUCAUGGCACACACUUGAUUGCCAGCGAGAAAUUCGAUCUAAUGGACGGCAUAUUUGGUUUGGCCACCGAUCGUCAACAGCUCUUCUUCCAUCCGUUGGCCAGCGUUAGUGAGUAUUCGGUGCCGUUGAGUGUCAUAAACAAUCGUACCAAUUGGUUGGCAGAUGUGAAUUCGAUGACGAAAUCAUUCCGUUUGGUGGGCAAUCGCACCAGUCAAUGUGCCGCUCAGGCGAUGGACAGUUACAAUAAUCUCUACUGUGUUAUUCACAAUCCAAUCAAGUUGGUGCGCUGGAAUAUGAACAAACCGUAUAGUGUGAAGAAUGAAAUCGAAAUACCGGUGGAUCCGGAACUGUUGCAGUUUGUCAGCGGCAUGAAGGUGUUCAAAACCGAUGGAGGUAAAGAGGAAUUAUGGAUGAUGUCGAAUCGUUUUCAGAGAAUCGCCUCGGGUACGAUAGAUUUUAAUGAGGUUAACUUCCGCAUUGUGCGCCGCCCGCUUGAUGACAUACAACAUGGACAGUUAAAGCAAGAUCUUAGUCAGCGUUUGAUCUUUAAUUAGCCUGGCAGAGUAGAGUAGUUAAGCAUGGCUUCGGAAACCUUUUAUGAAAAGUUACUAUAAAAUA